AUGGCCCUCCGCAUCGCCCCGCCCUCCUCCAACCCCACCACCACCCCUUCCUACCACGGAGCCCCCUCCGCCCCCGGCAUCCACGACACCCUGCGCUCAAACCUGUCCCUCACUACCCCCAUCACCAACACAUCAAGUUCCACCUCAACCCCACAACCGCUGCAAUCAUCCCACCCGCUCGAAGCCCGCCUCGCGAACUGGCGCGCCACACAAGACGCGCUGAAGAUGGAGGGACUAAGGAGGACGUUCGGCAUGGGCGAGCCGAUCCGCAGAGGUAUGGAGAGGAGGAUUGUGGAGCGCGGCGGGUGGAGGCCUGCGCUGCUGGGGAUGGGGGCCGGGGUGCAUGAGGACAUUUUGGGGGGAAGGGAUUGUGAGAUUGCGUGGGAGGACGUGUACAAGGGUGACGAACUCCGCGAGCUGCCAGACUUCCACACGGAGAUGGAGGCGAGGCUGAGAAUGAACUGGUAA